UGGUUAUGUGACCCCUGCUGACUUGACUCAAGUUCUUACCUGGUAUUUAGAUGCAAGUCCCAUGCUGUCCACACACAAGCUCUUACUUUGAUUUCUAUGGUCUUUGAACAUAUGUCCUUAGCUGGGUAAGCAAAAUUACAGCAUUGAUUUCAUUAAUGCAAGCUCUUAACUCCCCUACUUUGCAGUGAGGAUGCAGUUGAAGCACAGGUUAUAGAAUUCAAACUGGAACUCCUCCAGUGCCUUUCCAUAGUUCUCCAGGCAUAAUAGCCUUUCUGUUUGCUUCCAACUUUCAUCCUAGGCACCAGAAACCACCUGUGGCUUAUGUACACUUGGUCAACAUUUAAAUGUCUUGCUUCAUACUACCAGCUCCAUUUUUGUACAGAUCAGCUCACCUCCACCUUUAUGCACUAAUGCCCUGGAGACCCUCAUCCCAGCGUUCUGCUAUCUUGCCAGAUGAUUGCAACAUGGUUCUGAUUGUCCUCUGAUGUGAGUGUAUGAAGGAAUGUGACUUCGGGAAAUGUACCUUGAAAUGCUCUCAUAAAGAUGCUGCUUUAAAAGAAGCUGGAGGAAGAGGGCAUCAGGUGGAUGGCAGCCCCAUGUUGGGUGUAAACUAAAGGCUGCAAAGGCACUUAUUGCAAGGAUGCCAACUAAAUAAUAUAUAGCAUGUCCUUGUAGUGGACAUGGGGGGACAGGUGGAUGGGGAGUUAAUUCCUAGGGCAAUGUGGAGUGUUCUGUCAAAGCUUGUUAUCGUGUUUGACAGACUUUUAAGGCAGCAGGGUCUGAUUAUUAGAUGAGGAAAUAACAACUGGAGGCAGCAGAGGAGGGAACCUUGGUAGUGGGGGACGCACGGAUCAGAAAUGGACCUUGGACCUGGAACAGGCCAUGUGGCUAAAAGAUGCUCUCGGACCAAAUUUCCUGGCUGUUCUUGGUGAUAGCCCCCAGGAAUGGAUCGGAGAGGAAACCAGCAUCAAAGCCAGAGCCAGGAGCUUCCACCUCUGCGGAACCAAUUCAGAUCCUCCAUGCUUCUUCUGGAGAAAACCCUAAACCUACAGGACCCCAGCUGAAUGCACAGCUAGAAGGUUGGCUUUCUCAAGUACAAUCUACAAAAAGACCUGCUAGAGCCAUUAUUGCACCCCAUGCAGGAUAUACUUACUGUGGGUCUUGUGCAGCCCAUGCUUACAAACAAGUGGAUGCUAACAUCACUAGGAAAAUUUUUAUUCUUGGGCCUUCCCAUCAUGUGCCCCUUUCCCGAUGUGCACUUUCCAGUGUGGACAUAUAUAGAACACCUCUGUAUGAUCUUCGAAUUGAUCAAAAGAUUUAUGGAGAAUUGUGGAAGACUGGAAUGUUUGAGCGUAUGUCUCUACAGACAGAUGAAGAUGAACAUAGUAUUGAAAUGCAUUUGCCUUAUACUGCUAAAGCCAUGGAAAGCCAUAAGGAUGAGUUUACCAUUGUUCCUGUGUUGGUCGGAGCACUGAGUGAGUCAAAAGAACAGGAAUUUGGAAAACUCUUUAGUAAAUACCUAGCAGAUCCUAGUAACCUCUUUGUGGUUUCUUCUGACUUUUGCCAUUGGGGUCAAAGGUUCCGUUACAGUUACUAUGAUGAAUCCCAAGGAGAAAUUUAUAGAUCCAUUGAGCACCUAGAUAAAAUGGGUAUGAGCAUUAUAGAACAGCUAGACCCUGUAUCUUUUAGCAAUUACUUGAAGAAAUACCAUAAUACAAUAUGUGGAAGACAUCCUAUUGGGGUAUUAUUAAAUGCUAUCAAUGAGCUCCAGAAGAAUGGAAUGAAUAUGAGCUUUUCAUUUUUGAAUUAUGCCCAAUCAAGCCAGUGUCGAAACUGGCAAGACAGCUCAGUGAGUUACGCAGCUGGAGCACUAAUGGUCCACUGAAACUUUGAAUACUCAGGGAUGGCACCUGCACACACUCUCUAUACGGGGUCCCAGCCUAGCCCUUGCAAAGAUACAGUUCCUGGUCUUUGGGUAUACUGAAACCUCAAACUAAUAGAACUCUCUUCUUUUCUAGUAGGUGUAGUCCUUCCUUAGUUUCAACUCAUUUAAAAAUGCUUUCUUGUUUAGGACAAUGGAAGAAAGGCUGGUGUCUGUCAAUAUUUUGUGAUUUUAAAAAGUGAUGAAGAUUGUAAAGGCAUGGUGGCAGACAGUCCUUAAAAGUACAACAUGUAAAGCAUUUACCAUAUCCUAAAUUUGCACUCUUUGCAGACCUGUGCACAUGUACUCAGCUUUCAGAAUAGUUUUGCAAGUUGUAAACAGAAAAAAGGGGUGGAAGCUUUUUAAUAAAAAUGCAUUUAUAAAUGAUCCUGUAUUAGAAUAUAAUAAAUCUCCAGUAUAGUCAGUUACUACCCGUGUUGUACAACAGAUAUCUUCUAUUUUAGUUGCUAAUAAAGGGCUACACAAACCAAAAUAGUCUGAUUUAAACUUAUUGCUUUGUGUUCUGUAUGUGAACUGCUAAUCAUAACUUCAUUUCUUCUCAGCUUUUAUGCCUGAUAAGGAAACUCAACCAUUCUGUAAAGUACUUUUAGAAUGUAUUUUAUAUUCAACAUUUGUCAUGACUGUCAUUUACAGAAUUUUUUUACCUCAAAGCUGCAAUAUGAGUUCAGCUUUGCAAAUGUUUUUUUAAAAACUUUUGUAUUUUUAGUGCUUGUAUUUGUUUCACAGAACAACAUAUAACAUUAUCUUCUAACUUAUGAUACAAAUAGUCAAAAAACCCAAUUUUGGUGAUUUUUUUGCUUGAAGCUUAUUAAACUAAAAUGAAUACACUACUUUACUUGCCUUGAUUUAAGAUUGAAAACAGUAAUCUACAGAUGAGGUGAAUCUGAAAACUCACAGAUCAUAAAGGCCACAUCAGAUCUUAAGGAUCUGAGUGGGGAAAACCCUCACAUUUGAAAGUUUAAAUAUUGUUUUAAAAAUGUGUUCCAGUAUCUUAAAACAUCACCACAUCUUAUGGGUUUCUUGAGCUUUUUCCAAUGAAAAUAUGAAUUGUUUGUUCAUUUAGCACCAUUUUGGAAGACUGUUUUGUUUAAUAAGUAGCACAAACUGUGAUGGCAGUAGUUACUCUUUAUCUAAAUGGAGUUAAUAUUCCCUGAGCUGUGAUCUAAAGUAGGCAGCCUUUACGUUUGUGUUAUACUUGGCUUGUGGUGGAGCGAGGAACAUUGAUAAAUAAGAUCGAAUGACACUUCUGAGCAUCAUUGCACAUGAUGUCUCCAGCUUAAAUUGUGCCAGAUGUGAUGUUUUCUGGAAUUUUGGGAAUUGAUAUGUAGCUUGGACACUACUUGCAGCAAUAAUGCCAUACCCGUAUUUUUCUUUGGAUGGUCACCACUUCUCUUAUAUCAGGUGAAUGCUCCAUUUAUAAAAAUGAACUACUUUACAGAUAUUUCUAAGCCAUCAUAAACUCCAAACAUUUUUUGCGUGUUUUCUCUCUGUUUGUUGCCUUGCUGCUUUGACCUCUUGAAAACUUACAGCAGCAGACAGAAAACUGUUUUGGGCUAUCAAAGAAAAACAGAAAUAUGUAAAAGUAAAAUUGAAUUGGUAGUCACUUAUAGUUUCAGAGGUUUCUGACUGUGCCUUAUUUAUCAGAGAUGAUUUUGUCAUUGAAAUUAACACAUUUCUUUUAAAAAAAUUUAUCAAUUCAAGGAUUAUUUAGAAGUUGAAUUUGUCAUCCAUAAUACCAAAUGUGACAUUGAAAUGUGCAGUUAUUUGAAUUGAUUAAACAUAUCCUUUCUCCAUAAGGUAAAUGUAGUAAUAACCUUUAAAUACAGAUAUUUUUAAGUUGCAUCUCUGCUCUGUAAGAAGAUAUUUUUGUUUUCUUUGUUUU